AUGGACAAAAUUACCUCACAUAAAGCUGCGCCUGGAGAUGCGUGUGCCACUGAGGACCCAACUGCUCGUGCUGGUGUCAAGCACCCCUUGGAAAGCACCGCCUUUGGAUCUCUGGGAUGGUUUCUCAACGGCGUUUCACGCCCCAAAGAGCUCCCGGUGCCCGUCGCGGAGCGCCUUCGCCAGAAAAUCACCGAGUCGGACCCAACCAUCGAAGGUGUCACUAACGAGCGGCUCAUCCUGGUUCGCAAGGCCUUGGUCGAGAGUAAGACCGCAGUCGACUCCGGAUCUGCCUUUGUCUUCCUGGACGUGGCGAUUUCUGAGCUUAUGGAGAACAAGAAUGAGACUCCAGACUGCCUUCUCGCCCGCGCCGUCAGAGCUUUCAAAGACCUUCUCCAUGGAAACACUGUGGAUUGUAGGAGUAUCACAGAGGGCUAUGUCGAACUUGCAGCAUUCCGUGCGCAGUUCAGACAUGCGAACAACGAAAUCAUUCGGGCUUGCAAUGAGUAUCACGCUGCGGUCGAGGCGGGAGUGGAUAGAAAGGAGGCGAUGAUUGUGCAGGUCUCGAAGGCCUUUGAUCGGAUCGGAAUGGGUACUUUGCAUCUGCUUUGGGAUGAGGCGAAGGGAUUCUACCCCAAGGAGGAAGCUGCCAAGUUCGGAAGCUCCAUCACCUCGCUGGACCACUUUCAGGAGAUGAUCGAAGAUCUCAAGUUUCUCAACGAUGGUUACGACUAUGCUGACAAUGAGUCCGAAUGGGUGAAGGCCUAG